AUGUCUUACCGACCUCGGCAUCCUGAAAGAUCGAGUGGAGAACGCUCCCCGCACCCUCCCAAGGCAAAGAAGCUUGGUAGAGGCGGGUGUGUGGUUGAGGCUGGACUGGAGCUCCAAAGUUGUGAGUGUUGGGGCAAAGUGCAGUCAAGGAAGAGAAGGGUGCAAAAGCGGGAACCGCCAUUUUGUGGCACGCCUAAAAACAGAAGAGAAGGGUGCCAUUUUACAAGUUUUACAAAUUUCAUUGAAGCUGAAUUAGAUAACUUAGAGCAACAAGGAGUGCUCUCAAGGAUAGAUUGGAGUGAAUGGGCUACACCUAUUGUGCCGGUUAUGAAAAAGGCUUUGCCGGAUGGCCCGGGAUUAGCACAGAAAGUACGUAUUUGUGGUGGUUUUAAAGUUACAGUGAAUCCAGUGUUAAAAGUAGUACAAUAUCCAUUGCCAAAGAUUGAUGAGAUUUUUGCCUCAUUGGCAGGAGGGCAACAUUUUUCUAAAAUAGAUCUGGCACAAGCAUAUUUGCAGAUGGAGGUAGAGGAAGAUUCCAGACAUUACCUGACGAUUAAUACUCAUAAAGGCUUGUAUAGGUAUAAUAGGUUGGUUUUUGGGGUAGCUUCGGCGCCGGCUAUGUGGCAGAGAGCCAUGGAGCAGGUGCUGCAAGGUAUUCCAGGUACCCAAUGUUACUUGGAUGAUAUUUUGAUCACAGGUAGGACGGUGGAAGAACACCUCUCCAAUUUGGAACGGGUGUUGGGCAGGUUAAAACGUUAUGGCCUUAGGGCUAACAAGGCCAAGUGUGACUUCUUCAAGGAACAACUGGCCUAUUGUGGACAUUUGAUUGAUAGACAUGGGUUGCAUAAAUCACCAGACAAAAUUGCUGCGGUGGUAAAUGCGCCAGCUCCGGUGAAUGUGUCACAGUUACGCUCAUUUCUGGGACUGAUAAAUUACUAUCAUAAAUUUUUGCCAAACUUAUCUGCUAUCCUGUAUCCAUUAAAUGGAUUGUUAAAAUCAGGGGUGAAAUGGAAUUGGUCGUUGGAAUGUGUGAAGGCAUUUGCUGAUAGUAAGGCCUUGAUUACAUCAAGGAAGGUGCUUGCACAUUUUGAUCCAGCAAUACCAAUUAAGCUGGCUUGUGAUGCAUCUCCUUAUGGUAUAGGUGCAGUGCUUUCACAUCAGUUUCCAGGGGGUCAUGAACGACCAAUUGCUUUUGCAUCAAGGUCAUUGUCCACGGCUGAAAAGAAUUACGCCCAAAUUGAUAGGGAGGCUCUUAGCCUUGUAUGGGGUGUUAACAAAUUUAAUAAUUACUUAUAUGGACAGAAAUUUACAUUGAUUACGGAUCAUCAGCCGUUGGUUUCGAUAUUUAAUCCAAAAAAGGGGGUGCCCUUGAUGACGGCACAGCGCUUGCAGAGAUGGGCCUUGUUUUUGGGUGCACAUCGUUAUGACAUCCAGUAUAGAGGCACAAAGUUGCAUGGGAAUGCAGAUAGUUUGUCAAGAUUGCCAUUACCGAUUGUAAGUGAUGUACCAAUGACUGAUGUGGCAGAAUUGUUUCAUAUGUCCAUUUGUGAAGUGUUGCCAGUGGAUAACAAACGUAUAGAGCGUGAGACAAGGAAUGAUAGGACUCUUUCAGGGGUAUAUGAUAUAACAGUACGAGGGUGGCCAGCGGAAGGAGAUUCUCGGUUUCCUCAAUAUUCAGCAAGAAGAGAACAAUUGUUUACGUGCAGGGGUACCGUGAUGUGUGGUUCUAGAGUGGUGAUCCCCCAAAAGUUACAGAAACAAAUCUUGGAGGAACUACACGUUGGUCAUCUAGGAUGCACUAAGAUGAAAAGUCUGGCUCGUGCAUAUGUAUGGUGGCCAGGUAUUGAUGGCCAGAUUGAGGAAUUGGCCAAAAAUUGUUCUGGCUGUCGGCUUGAGCAGAAGACACCUCCAUUGGCCCCUAUCCAUCCAUGGGAAUGGCCGUCUGGUCCAUGGAAACGGGUUCAUAUUGAUUAUGCAGGACCCUUUCAAGAGUCUAUGUUCCUGGUGGUAGUAGAUGCGCAUUCGAAAUGGCCAGAGGUUAUAACGAUGUCCUCGACUACGUCUCAGAAGACGAUUGCGACGUUACGAACAAUUUUUGCAAGGUAUGGUUUGCCUGAACAAAUAUGUUCGGAUAACGGGCCUCAAUUUGUAUCUGAAGACUUUAAGAAGUUUCUGAAGACUAAUGGCAUUAAACACUAUACGUCGGCACCUUAUCAUCCGGCAACAAAUGGACUGGUGGAGCGUUUUGUACAGACCUUUAAGAAGGCGCUGAAAGCAAUGAAACAUGAGGAUCUGCCUAUGCAACAUAAAUUGGACAAUUUUUUGUUCAACUAUAGAAAUGCGGUUCAUGCUGUAACAGGUCAAUCACCUGCGAUGUUGUUUUUCAACAGACAGUUGGGUUCCAAAUUGGACUUAGUUCGUCCUGAUCUUAGAAGACAAGUGGAACGGAAAGUGUUCCAUUGUCCACCUCAACGUCUUACCAGGAGUUUCCAGGUUGGUGAAGCUGUACUUGCCCGCGAUUAUAGAAACCAGAAAUGGCAGCCGGGAGUUGUUGCGGAGGUACAAGGACCUCUAAUGUAUGCAGUCAACACGGCCGAUGGCCAGAUUCGCCGGCAUGUGGAUCAAAUCGUACAGUCUACUAUUGCUCCUCAUCUGGAACCUCGGUUAAGUGCUUCGGAUCAGCCAGUAUCAAUGGGGGGCCAAUGGUCGAAUAAGGAAUUGGAACCUAUUGUGCCUAUGUCUUGUUAUCCUGUUCUAGCUGCCAAAGAAGCACCUAUGCCUUCGUUGGAUAUUUCACCAGCUAAAGUAGCAGUACAGGUUCCUGACCAGGUGGUUGCAAUACCAAAACAGGUGUUCCCUAGCUCGGAAGUGCGGUGUUCGCCUGUAAAAUCUGGAUUAAGACGCUCAACCAGAAUAUCAAGGCCGCCACAGAGGUUGAUUGAUGAACUUUGA